AUGCAGGUGCCGACUGGGGAAGCAUCUCUGACGUGUCCCCAACCCUUCCCCAGGUCCCCCAUCAGCAGCUUGCCGACCCUCUUCGACCAGACGGUGUCGUGUAGCAGCAGCGGGCAGCUGGAGAAUGUCCCCCAGGCCACCCCCAACAUCGAGCAGCUCCUGGAGAAGCAGGGCAACGGGGAAGCCGGCGUAAACAUUGUAGAAAUGCUCAAAGCCCUGCACUCGCUGCAGAAGGAGAACCAGCGGCUCCAGGAGCAGAUCAUGACGCUGACAGCCAAGAAGGAGCGUUUGCAGCUCCUUAACGUCCAGCUCUCUGUCCCUUUCCCCGUGGUGACCAGCAGCAACGGCCCGGGCAGCCAGGCCCAGUACAUCCUGCCUCCCAACGUCUGCAACAACGAUUCCCUGAGCAUCAGCAAGAGCCCCCCAUGCAAGAACAGCUUCGGGAUCGAGAACUCGCUCUCCACUUCCUCUGAGGACCCUCAUUCAGGUUGCCCCAGCAGGAGCAGCUCUUCCCUGUCCUUCCACAGCACUCCUCCGCCCCUGCCCAUGCUGCAGCAGAGUCCUGCCUCGCUACCCCUGCCCGGGGUGCAGCAGGUGAAUGGCCUGGCCAGGGUGGCAGGCAGCGGGCUGGGGGGAGGCAGCAGAUCCACGGUGCCCAUGGUGGACGGCCUGAUGGGGACCCUGGCAGGAGGCCAGCAGAUGCCCAUCAACGGGAUCCUGGGGAAUCUGAACGGAGCUCAGGCCGCCCAGCCUCCGAGCGCGCUGACGCAGGCGAGCGGGCCUCCGACCUUGCAGCUCUCCACCAGCCUGAGCAGCGUGCCCAGCCUGAGUCCCCUGACAGAGCAGCAGCGGCACGUCUUGCACCAACACGAACAACAGCUCCAGCAGCUUCAGCAGCUCCUGACUUCCCAGCCGCUUAAUCCGGAGCAGCAGGCCCUGGUGUUCCAGAUGAUGCAGCAAAUCCAGCAGAAGAGGGAGCUGCAGCGGCUGCAGAUGCCCAGCUCGCCCCAGCUGUCCAUGCCCAGCCUGCUGGCCGCCACCUCCGCCCCCCUGCACUCCAGCGCCAGCGCCCUGAUGACCUCAGCCCCCCAGCCGCCCCCCAGCAGCAGCUCUCUCCUGGCCUCCCUCUCCCCCCAGCAGCUCAACCCUAGCAAUGCCCUCCUGGCCCCCCAGGCCACCCCACCGCUCAGCGCUCCUGGGAACAGCCUCCUGGCUUCGGGGACAGGCAUCCCACCCGUCCUCACAGCACAGACUAACCCGUUUCUCAACCUGCAGCCUGAUGGCAACACCCCGAAAGGAACGAGCAUGAAUGAAAAGGGAGCUCCUCUUACCCAGGACAAGGGCUAA